AAUUCCCAGGUCGAUGAAUGCCGUCUGCAGAUUGGCUGAGGUUCUAUGCAUGCCAGGAAAGGGUUAAAAUGCAUGCCAUUUUUAAAUGCUCUUGUCUUAAAACAAAAAAACACACACCAGCAUUCUCUGCGAAAGGAAAGCUUGACAUGGAACAGCCUGGUUCUAGCAUUGAUCAAUGCUGGUUUCCUUCCUGCAGCGAGAGUUUCCGUUUGGAAGCAAUGCUAUCCCUCCUUUGCAACCUGAAGUGGCACAGGCCUUUCUAUCUGGGGAGACACGCUUUUCUUGCAGAAUGUUUGAUUUAGUUGGUUGGUUGCAGUGCCAGAUUUACGUAUAAGGGUACCGCGCUGAUUUGGAGCAAAAUGGCGAUGGAUGUUACUUUCCUGGGAACCGGGGCUGCCUACCCGUCUCCAACGAGAGGGGCCUCGGCUACAGUGGUCCGUUUUGAAGGAGAAAGCUGGUUGUUCGAUUGUGGCGAGGGGACGCAAACCCAGUUCAUGAAAAGUCAUCUGAAAGCAGGUAGGAUUGCCAAGAUCUUUAUAACACACCUCCACGGGGACCACGUCUUUGGCCUGCCUGGGCUUCUUUGUACGAUCAGCCUCCAGAGUAGCCCUGCCACAAACAAGCUGCCAGUUGAGAUUUAUGGACCUCUUGGGCUGAGGAGCUUCCUUUGCAGAAUUUUGGAGCUUUCCCACUCGCAGCUCGCCUUCCCUUGGGUCGUUCACGAACUGGUGCCUACGCCAGACCAGUGCCCUGCAGAGGAACGGAAGGAGCUGUCUUUUGUGGACGGAGACAAGGUCUCGUCUGAAGAGGCACCAGGAAAAACCCUUCGCCUGGACCCUCUAGAAGACUCGUACACCUUGGUGGACAACUCUCAGUUUGUGGUGAAGGCGUUUAGGCUGUUUCACCGCAUACCUUCCUUCGGAUUUCUCGUGGAAGAGAAGCCACGGCCUGGCAAACUCAACGCCCAGAAGCUGAAGGAACUAGGAGUUCCACCAGGCCCUAUAUACGGCAGACUGAAAGACGGGGCUACAGUUGUCUUGGAAAAUGGUACAACCAUCUUUCCUUCAGAUGUCACGGAAGAGCCGCUUCCUGGGAGAAAAGUUUGCAUUUUAGGAGACUGCUCUGGCAUUGUAGGAGACGGAGCGGCGGCCCUUUGUUAUGGAGCUGAUCUCUUGGUUCACGAAGCCACGCUGGACGAUGCCCAGGCAGACAAAGCGAAGGAGCACGGUCACAGCACCCCACAGGUGGCGGCGGAGUUUGCAAAGUUGUGCAAAGCGAAGAAACUGGUUCUGUCUCACUUCAGUCAGAGAUACAAGCCCGCAGGUCAGACUGGCGAAGGAGAUGUGGAUGUCAUGGAGCUGAAGAGGCAAGCCGAGCGGGUGUUGGGUGGCCAAGAAGUGGUGUUAGCCGAGGAUUUUAUGACCAUUGAUAUUCCAAUGAAAAAAGUAACAAUAGCGUCACCAAAUUAAUUUGCUGAUAGGCUGAACCUCUAGCUAUAGUUUACUACCAAAUUAGUUUCUUAAUGCCCAGUUGGAGGCACUUACGGACCUGAUCCAUUGGACUUACUUAUGGGGCACUUUUCCUACUUGAAAGACCUAAUCCUUGCUUUCCUUUUGACAAAUAAUAUUAAUUAAAUCAUCAAAAGAC